AUGUCCAAACGGGCAGCAGAAAACCAGCUCAACCAACUCAAUUAUGACAAAGUCGAAGACGAUGACAACCCGGGGCAAGGCAUCCAGGUCGCAGACGAGGCCACCCUCUCUCAACGAAAGAUCAAGGGUCUUCCAAGGCGUAUGGCACGCAGUCUAGCGCCCGAACCCUCGCCCACAAUUUCUGCUGUGGCGGAGACCCCAGCUACAUCGUCUAUGCCGAAACCCAGCACAUUCACAGGUUUCGCAGGUUUCGGCUCAUCGAGCACUCCGACUUUUGGCGCCAGCUCUGCUGCACCUUCAACUACUAGCUCCUUCAAACCUCCCGCUUCAAAUCAGCCCUCUUUCUUUGGCUCCUCUACUGCUCCAUCCGUCUCACCGUCAGCAUCGAACGCUACCAAGGCGUUCGCCUCUUUCCUAUCGUCACCUGCGCCUGCACCUUCGACUUCUACAUCGUCAACAACCGCCGCACCGAAGCCUGUAACCAAUGGCAAAAGUGAAGGGCCAGAUCCAGCAGCUCUCAAAUAUUACACCUCUCUCCGCGGCUUGAACACUUCCUUUGUGUCUGCAAUCUCAAAAGCGGUGGACAAGGAUCCCUUCAUCGACAUUGCUGACCUAUUCGAACAAUACAAGAAACACCGAACUUCCGUGCAGAAGGAGUUCGACGACACGGCCAAGUCUGCUCCUUCUUCCUCCGCUCCCAAGACGAACGGCGUGAAACCCGCACCACCGUCUGCGCCUUCGGAUUCCUCAACUGCCGAUUCUUCUUCCAAACCUUCAUCAGCAGCCAUGCCCGCACCACCUGCCAGUUUUGCUGGCUUCGGUAACUUGUCAUCCACUACAACGACGAAACCUGCCACCUCCACCCCAGGAGGCGGAUUUACUCCUGCGAGUGGAACACCUUCUUCGUUCACCUUUGGUGCAUCCGCGCCCGCACCCGCACCCGCACCCGCACCCGCACCCGCACCCGCACCCGCACCCGCACCCGCACCCGCACCCGCACCCGCACCUGCACCUGCACCUGCACCCAAACCUAAACCCAACGUCUCUGCAGCCUCAUCGACACCUUCCACUACCACAGGCUCUAGCUCUGGCUCCGCGACCUCGAAGCCAAUGUCAGGCUUCCAAGGGUUCACCUUCAAAGGCCCCGAUUUCAAGGCCGACAGUGCAAAUCCGUUCGCCGCACCCCCCAAGAAAGACUCGUCGUUCGCACUGACGAUGUUCGGGAACGUUGCUGCUGGCAAGUCUGGUGGUGAUUGCAAAGACAAAGAAGAAGACAAGAGCAAGAUCGUCACGGAAGCCCCCAUAAAUCCUUUCACCAUCGGCGGCCCCACCACUGGCACCACUUCCAAUUUCUUUGGCAACGCCUCGGGUGCGGUGAAUCCGUUUGCAGCACCGACGUCGCCUGACAAGAACACCGGGCUCUUCAUGAAUGCUAGUGCGGGGAUGACUGCAGGGUCGGGAUCGGCGACUGGGUUGGGAUUGGGAAGGCCACCGGCGACGCCGCUGUUUGGAGGGUUCGGGAAGCCGCCGAGCGGGGGUGGAAGUAUUGGGAACCCGGUAGGGUUUGGGUUCGGGUCUCCGAAGGCGGAUGAGAGCUCGACGGCGGAGAAGAGCAAGAGUGGGUUUGCGUUCGGUGGCUUCGGUGGCGGUAGUGGUAGUGGUAGCGGAAGUGGAUUCAAGGGAUUCGGUUCGCAGGAGAGUAAGACGAAGACGGAUGCGGAGGGCAAGAGUGAAGAGGCUAAGGGUGAACCGUCGGCGGCGGAAGGGGCGGAUGCGACGACGGAUGAUAGCACGUCGUCCAAGGUUACGACUCCAAUAGACCACGACGCGGAGGGCGCGGGAGAGGAGGACGAGGAGACGACAUUCACCACGAAGGCCGCUGUAUACAAGUUGUCGAAGGAUAAGGAGGGUGUCCUCAAGUGGGCGAAUUUGGGUACUGGUAUGCUGAGACUGAAGAAACACAAGGAGACGAGCGCGAGGAGGAUUCUCCUCCGAAAUAGCUCGACCGGCAGGAUUCUUAUUAACACAUCUAUCCGAAAGAACAUCGAGCCGAAACUAGAACCCAAGCUCGACAAGGACAAGAAGGUCGUAUCAUUUACUGGCCGGGACGAGCAGGGUCUCCCAGCAUCUUACAAGAUCAAGGCACCUACCCCAGCCAUCGCGGAGGAGAUCCAAGAUGCGUUGGACAGGGAGAUUGGACUGGCCGAGUCGUAAUUUGCUCGCAUGUUCUGUCUUGAUAUGUGCUUGAUUUCGUUGUGGCGAUCGUAUCUGGGGCCAACUGCUUUGACCUUUUCCUCUCUCUCCGUCUCUGUUCUCUUGCAUUUUUCUACAUACCUACAGCAUAGUGUUCCACCGCUUGUCUGUGACAAAGGCCUGACACUCGUGGUAUGAGCGGGUUGUAUAUUUGUUGUGGCGUGUCAAUCAAAU